AUGGCUAAGCACAUGGAGAUGAUCCAGCUUAACCUCAACCACUGCGAGGUUGCUCAGCAGGUACUAUGGCAGACGAUGGUAGAUGAGAAGGUGGACGUGGCGCUACUUUCUGAGCCGUAUCAGGUGCCUGUUGGGGACGGAGCUUGGGUCGUGGACAAGACCGGAAGAGCAACGAUUCUGGCCGGGGGUAGCUUUGGCAACACACCAACCAGUGCCGCUAAACUGGUCAGCGUCUUAUCAGACGCGUGUGAUGCCACAAUGCCUAGGAGGAAGUCACCAAACUCAAAGCAUCGGCCGAAAUACUGGUGGAACCAAGCCAUCAAGCAGCUAUGGACGGCGUGCACCACGGCCCGCAGGAAGGUGCUGAGAGCCCGCUCCGAAGCUCGUCGGGAGGAACUAAAGCUGGCCUAUAAAGUUGCCAGAUCGGCCCUGAAAAGGGAGAUUAAGGACAGCAAGAGGCGUUGCUUCCUUGACCUCUGUCGCGAAGCCGAGAGAAACGUGUGGGGUAACGCGUACAGAGUCGUCAUGGACAAGCUGAAGGCGCAGCAAUCCUCGCCGGAAAGAUGCCCAACUAGGCUUCGUAGCAUCAUCGAGGAGCUGUUCCCGCAGCACGACCCCUCGACCCGGGUCCCAUCGUCACCAUCAGUCCGAGAGCUGUCAGGGGAAGUAGUAGUGCCUGUGACCAACGAAGAGGUGCUGGACGCGGUUAGGCUGAUGAAGCUGGAGAAAGCUCCGGGAGAAGACGGGAUCCCAAAUGUGGCACUGAAGGCUGAUACGGGAGAGUUCCGCGAUAUGGAAGAGGCAGAAGCUGGUUCUCCUGCCGAAGCCAGGGAAAGAUGGGAGAUCUACGGUGGACGGGCAAUUCUGGCGGUAGUGGCGAAGGCGAGAGCAGCAUACGACAGGAAGAGGGCUGGAGAUCGUUGCUGCGGAAUCAUCACGAUCGACGUGAAGAAUGCUUUCAACAGCUGGGAGGCGAUCGGCUUAGCUCUGCGCAGGCACAACGUUCCCGAGUACCUGUGCAGGAUCCUCGCGAGUUACCUCAGAAAGCGUCGCCUAGUCUACGACACAGAGCGGGACCAGGAGUCCAUGGCCAUAACUGCAGGUGUUCCACAGGGCUCCAUUCUGGGGCCAAGCCUCUGGAACAUUAUGUAUGACGGGCUGCUGGAUCUCGACCUAAAGGCACAGAACUGCUGGAUCUCGACCUAA